AUGCCACCAAAGUCCUCGGCCGAUAUCGCCCGUGCGCCGUAUCGAUGCGACUAUCCCGGCUUCUGCUCUCCAGCGAACGCAAAUCCUCCGGGAGCCUGCGCCAAGGACAACAACGUCCAGAUGAAACACAGACCUGUCAUUCUCGAACCGGGUCCAAAAGCUUCCUUGUCGGAUGACCCAAAGACGACAGCUGUCAAACCGCCCCGCUGGAUCGCCCAUGACUAUGUCGAUAUCUAUUUCAAAGAGUUUCACCCGAAAUGGCCGUUUCUCCACCGAGAUGACGAGUACGAACUUCUCGUGGCUCUAGUCCAAAGCUGUCGGCUGGGCGGGAUUUUCUCUUACCCCAACAUGCUCACGCAUCACAGCGAUAUAACAACGCCAGCGCUGCUCUGGGGUGGAUUUCUCAAUCCUCAAGUGUUCUAUACGAUGCGGGCAUUCUAUUUGACUGGAUAUGACAUGUCAGAUGAGCCAAAAUAA